GGCCGACCAAUCAAUCGUACUACGUCACAAUGCACCGCCUGAAUUUCGUAACCUACUUGGCAUUAGCGAGCCUGGCUUUGUAUGCGCGGUCUGCUCAAGCCGUCAUUUCCAUUUUGACUCCUGCCUCCAACACUAUCUGGUACAAGAAUAAUACAGUCGUGACUACGUGGUCGGCUGGUCCGGAUGACCCAACAUCCUUUCGGAUUAUCGUUCAGCAACCUGAUGGAAACAAUGCGACAUUGGCUGAUACGGUGCCCACUUCCCUCCAGGCUUUGACCUUGCUGCUACCGCAACUUGCGAACGGAGGAGGAUAUCAGAUCCGCUACGUCAAUACGACAGAUAUCAACGAGAUAUUCGCUGAGAGCCAACCCUUUGAGAUUGCGCAAGGGGCCGCUUCGGCUACCGUUUCAUCUACCGUCGCCAUUCCUGGACCCUACACCCCUUUCCCCACAAGUGCCACCCCGGCAGCGACUGACGGAACUCCGUCGACUCGAGACAACGGAGGAGGGGACGCUCUUCUUCCGCUGUCCGGAGGCAUGACCUUGAGAGGCUUUGUGGGACUCGCAGUCGUAAUGGCCUGGAUCUAG